AUGAUUACACCGGGCUUAUUUUAGCCGCGUUCAGGCGUAUUCUGAAAGUCGUACACUCCUACACUCUGCUCUCUCCAUUAUGGUCGUUUCCGUUUCUCCUGUAAAACCCUUGUACACCACGUUCCUCUCAUACACAAUUCAGGAUUUUCGUUGCUUCUAAUAAUCAAACGAUAAUCGAUUUCUUGCAAUUCAACUUUUAAGAUCAAAAUCACAACCAUCCGCAUUUCUAACUCAUAGUCACAUUGUCACGGAAACACAAAAGUUGAUAUUGUUUGAGUUUCCGAAGAGAAAACUUUCUAUUCUGCGUUACGUUUCAAGAUGGACGGUGAUCGUCAUCUUCUAACGCCACAAAAGAGAUUAAAUGAGACUUCCGACGUUGAGCGAUUCAAGAGAAGGAAGCCGGAUUCCUUGGGAGUAAUUAGUCAAGAUGUAUCAGGUCCAAGGAGAGUUUACAACCUGAAAAUUCUUUUGCCGAAUGGGGUUACUGUCGUGUUGAAAAUUCCUGAAGGCACUGAGCGUCUUACUGUCGAAGAAUUGGCUGGUAGAGUGAGGAAUGAGUAUGCUAAAGCUGUGCAAAAGACAUCUAGCCCUAAGAAACAAGUUAACUGGAAUGCACAGUUAUGUUUUCUUGACGAUUCCGAUCAUGUUUUUAGGAACAGUCUUACGUUGACGAAAUUAGAGCCCAAUCGCGUCUACAAUUUGAGACUUCAUGAUGGGUCUCAGCCAGCAAAAAUUUAUGAGAACAUGUGGGAUUUGACACCAGACACAGAGUUACUUAAGGAGCUCCCUGAAGAGUACACUUUUGAAACUGCAUUGGCUGAUAUAAUUGAUAAUUCAUUGCAAGCUGUGUGGUCUAAUGGUGAACAGGAGACGAGGUUAAUAAGUGUGGAGGUUUCAGAUGAUAGGAUAUCUAUUAUUGAUACAGGCCCAGGCAUGGACUCUUUGUCAAUAGAGAAGUGGGGGAAGAUGGGAGCCUCCCUUCAUCGGUCUUCCAAAGGCCAAGCUAUAGGAGGGAAACCUCCAUAUCUGAAACCUGCAUUUGGCAUGUUUGGAUAUGGUGGCUUUGUUGCUUCGAUGCAUUUAGGAAGGCACACAGAGGUUUCCUCUAAGACAAAGGAUUCCAAAAAGGUUUAUAUGUUGCGACUUGAGAGGGAAGCUCUGGUUAGUGGUUCUGGUUCAGGUUCAAAACGAACAUGGAGGACUUAUGGUAGGCUUCGAGACCCUAUGAAGGAUGAACUUCAGUUAGCUCCAGGUGGUAGUUUCACAAAGGUUGAUAUUUUUGAGCCCAAGAAGCAGAAUAUAGACAUAAGGCAACUCAAAUGCAAAUUGAAGGAUAUCUACUUUCCGUAUAUCCAGUGUGAUGAAUUGUCCAAGAAAGGAAGAACAAUAAUGCCAAUUGAAUUUCAGGUUAAUGGCGACAAUCUAGCAGAAAUUCCAGGUGGAGAGGUAGCAAUUACAAAUCUGAAUACAUGCAAUGGUCCAGAAUUUCUGUUGCAACUUCGUUUUCAACUGAAUCAUGACAAAGCUACCGCUACAAGUAGUCCAGGAGCAAGAUCAUGCGAGGAAGCAAAUGCACGUCUGAAAUGUUAUUAUCUUCCAGUUAAAGAGGGCAAGGAGAGCAUUCAGAACAUUCUGGAAACUUUAAAAGAAGAGGGAUAUGGGUACGCAGAAGAUUUUGGAAGUUUUAGUCAUGUUUCUUGUAGACGACUUGGUCGUUUACUUCCAGAUGCUCGUUGGGCAUGGCUGCCAUUCAUGGAUUUCAGACAAAGACCAGGGCACAGAACACAAGUUUUGAAGAGAAGUUGCAUGAGAGUUAAAUGUUUUAUUGAGACGGACGCUGGCUUCAAUCCAACACCUUCUAAGACGGAUUUUGCGCAUCAGAGCCCUUUUGUCAAUGCCUUGAAAACCUUGGGCAGCAAGCAACCUCUGGAGAAAGAGAUGGGUGUACACAUUGAUAUAAGAAGAGAUGGAAAACCGUUGACCCUUUUGCAGUUAGAUAAGCAGUACCAACAGUGGCUUGUCCAAAUGCAUGAAAAAUAUGAUGAGGAAGUCGACUGUGGAAUUGAUGAGCCUGUCUUCAUAAUAAAUUUUACAAACAAGGAGCUUCACAUAACAAACAAUGUUGUUAGGGUUCACAAAGCUGUAAUGCGGAAAGGAAAAUCUUGGGAUUCAGGGCAGAAAAUCAAGAUUCUAAAAGGAGCAUGUGCUGGAUUCCACAAAACUAAUAUCUAUGCUACAUUGGAAUACAUCAUUCUUGAAGGAUUUCAAGGGGAUGCUGGUGAAGCAUGGAUAAUAUGCAGGCGGAUUGAGGUUUCAGAAGAAGAUGGCUGUCUCCUUGAAUCUGCUAAUGGAAAUCCCACUUUUGAUUUGCGAAAAUCUGAAUUAGUACCUAUAAAUGUCAUUGAUUCUGGAAAGUGUUUGGCUGUUGAUGGUUCUGAAUGGGAUAACCAACUGAAGAAGCAAUAUCAGAAAUGUCCAUCAUCGAUUCAGAUACUAAAUAGAAGACAAUGUCUGAAAUUGGGAAUAGAUUCGUCAUUACUAGAUGCGGAUAAAGUUGAUGCUUCACAUGUAUCACCAUGUGACAUUGUUGCUGUCAUUCGUCCUGCUACUUAUAAAUCUGGGAUUGCGUGUGAAGAAUUAGAUCAAAAAUAUGUGAUGAAAGAUAACUUUGAGAUGUCACUAUCAGUUACAUUUUCUGAAAAUGGAAAUGAAAGAAAUAUCUAUUCAGGACGUGUAACACCUUCAUCACGAAAGGAUUUGCAUGGUUUAUAUAUAUUUCAACCAAAAUGCAACUCCCAUCCUCUGUUUCAAAAAGCUGGAAUUUAUAAAUUCACCUUUUCCAUUAGAGAUUCAAGCUGUGAGAAACAUGUGGUGAAGGUCAAAGUUGGAGCAUCGCGUGAGGUCCACAAAUGGGCGCUUGCCAAGAAGCUUCCUGAUUAUAAUUUCACGGUGGGUCGUUGUUUCCAGCCUAUUUUUGUUGCGAUGUUUGAUACAUAUUCCAAUCAAAUUCCAUUUUUAAAAGUUCCUGAAGUAGUGGUCAAGGUGGAAUGUAACAAGGGUGUUAACCUUAAAGUUCACAAAUGGAGCCCAUUUAUAUCAUCCGACAUGUCGGCUCUCAUACUCAAGGGUUUGAUCAUUGGGAGCUCUAAUUUGGACAGUAUUCGACCGAGUUAUGAUGCCACUCUGAUGUUAUGUCGGCCUGAUAGGUCCCACAUGCUACAAAUCCCUAUCAAAGUUUUUCCUGGAUCCUUGACACGUGUGACAGUGCAACCAGAAAACUUUGAGAAGCAAUUGAUUCCAGGCCAAACAAUUAAAGAGUUGACUUUAGAGUUGUUUGAUGCGUUUGGAAAUCAUCUACCAGAAAAAGAAAAGCUGCAGUUAAGCGUGGAUGGAUUUACCUCAUUGGAAAAAUCAUUUUCUGCUAAGAAGGUGGAUGCUGAUGGAUGCAUUGAUCUUGGUGGCCUUUUAAGGGUUACAGCAGGCUAUGGAAGAAAAGUAUCACUGUCUGUUGGAUCGGAUGGACAAGCCGUUAUCAUGAAGGAGUGGAAGAUUGAGGAAAGGCAGCUGAGAACUGUAUCAAUGAUACCUGAAACCUGUUUUGCUGGUUCCUACCUAGAAAACCUGGAAUUUGAAGUUGUGGAUUCGAAAGGUGUUGUGGAUGUAAACUUCCAUGAUGAAGAUACAAGUGGACAAUCCCAUACCCUUGUAAUAAAAUCACAAUCACACAAUGUUGAUGAAUCUGUGAAAUAUGGCUUCCGUGAGGGGCGUUGCAUAGUUCGUGCAGUUCCUGUUCCUUCUGAAAUAGUAGGUGAUUUUAGUUUCGUUGUUGCUCAUGCCUGCCACCCGGAUCUCAAGUUGACCAUUAAGGUCCACGUUGAGAUGCCUCAAGUGAUAGAGCCUCUUAAUGCGAAACAUCUGUCUCCAGAUGAAAAUAUCUUUCCUCUAAUGGACUCAAAUACCCCCACCCCCACCGAUUGUACAAGUGUCCAACACAUUUAUGCAGAUGGAAUAGAAGCCGAAUUAGAAUCCAUCCUUGUUUUCCAAAGGGACCUUGAAAAUGAGCUUAUUGAUUUUGGCACGAGGAUUGGUAAACAUGAAGAGAAUAUAAGGCUACUAGAAUAUCAACAAAGAGGGAUUGAGUCCCAACUAUCAAAAUUGGAUGUUUCCAGAUACCGUUACCAAAGUUGUUCUUCUACCCGCGAAUACAAAUACGGUUCACCAGGGAAGGAUGAGAUCACAGAAAAGAUUGAAUGCAAGACUGGGAGCGCUGCUGCUGUUGUCAUCAAACUCUUCAAAAUGAUGUCAGAGAUGCAAGAUGAAGAAGAUUGUUUUGGAACUUUACUGGGACGAAUUAUUGGUGUUGUAGCACUUGUUGGAACAGCUCCAACCUUAAACCUUAGCAGGAUAUUUGCAGAGUAUCUCGGUGAUCAAAUGCUUGCAGUGGUAUGCAAAUCUUAUGAACAUGUGAUAUUACUGGAGACAUAUGAAAAGAAUGGGAAGGUGAAUCGUGCACAUGCCCUUCACAUGUUUGCAUCAGAGCUUGGACAACCUAUAAACGGUCGUUACGGUGUUAUAUGCAUCGAAGAUAUAAGGGCAUGCGAGGCAGACAAAGAUGUUGAAGGAAAGCUUCUGUUACCGGAUCCUACCCUUCCCGAUGGGACAACUCCAAAAGGGUUUUUAGGUUAUGCGGUAAAUCUGAUAGACAUAGAUGUUGAUUAUUUAAACACAAGGACCGAAUCUGGUUAUGGUCUUCGAGAAACGUUGUUUUAUCGUCUUUUUGGUGAAACACAAGUUUAUGAAACGAGAGAGGACAUGAGAAGGGCAAUUUCGUCAAUUAAAGACGGUGCUGUUUCUUUGGAUGGAGGGAUACUCAGAGGAAACGGCGUUAUGUCUCUCGGAUGGGAAAGGGAAGGGGAUAUUAUAUUCCCGGUGGCUGUGGGUGCGAUGAGAAAUGAAGGGGUGUCUCCAAAUGUGAAGCAAGUGAUGAAGAGGUAUAAUGAACUGAAGUUGAAACUCAAAGGGACAGUUGAGGAGUUGGUUGCUGAAAAUAAAAGUCUUGAAAAGCUUAAGAAAAAGUACAAAAAGAGACGCGAUGUUUAUGCUAAUUAUUUCACACGCAACCAAAACCAACCCCAAGCGAUUAUCACCACCACCACUCAUGUGUCUCCUAUAUCUUCUGUUUAGAGGAGAAGCCGGUUGUUGUGGUAGCAGGGUCGUAUACCCCCUUCUCCUAGUUAUAAUUUUAUGGUAGGAAUAUGCAUCUCACAAAUAUAUGUAAAGUUUCCUUAGCUAGCUAGCAUAGGGACUGAUUAUGGAACUUUUUUUUUUUUUUUUUUUUUUGGAUAACAUUAUAUGUCUAGGUAUGUAAAUAAACUUAUUUUAGAUUAGC